AUGGUCGUUACACAAAAUCCACCCACAUGGACGGAUCGAGAUACUUGUUUUCGUUGUCGAACAACAUUUACAGCAUUUACUCGCAAACAUCACUGUCGAGCAUGUGGAGAAACAUUUUGCUCAUCUUGUUCGUCAAAAUCAAGUCCUCUACUUGAAUUUGGCAUAGAAGAUGAAGUUCGAGUUUGUGAAUCAUGCUAUGAUCGUUUAACAACAACCGGUAGUGUCAAUCCAACUCCAGCUUCUGAGACAACAUCAGCAUCUGCUGUAGCAAAACCAACUGAGAAGAGUCAAGCUGAAAUCGACGAAGAAGAAGCACUUCAACUGGCCAUCUCGUUGUCUCAAAGUGAAGCUGACGAAAAAGAACGACGAAAGAAACUGCUCACCCAACAGUAUGCGUUAGCAUCGAUUCCAACACCGCCAACGCCGCUUGGUUCAGCGCCGAUUGCCGAUCAGGUAUUAAAUGACAACGAGCAAAAACCAGUUGGUGGUAAUGCAGAAUUAGCCAAAUAUUUAGAUCGAAAUUAUUGGGAAGGACAAACACAAAAAGAUCUUGGCACAAACAUAGUCCAGAAUGAUUCGACGGACAAUUUCGUUCGUGAUGAUGAAAUUGAUGCAUUCAUCAAUGUUGCUAAUAGUCAUAUAAAUAAUAUCAAAUUUCGAAUGUUAAGCAAUCAACAACGCGGUCGAAAUAUCGCCAAUGACACUGCCGUACAAUCAGUAUUCUUCACUUUACAACAUAUGUAUCCUGAAUUGAAUCGAUUGAUUCAAUCACUCGAUGAUAAACAAGCUUAUCAUGAGAGUUUACAAGAUAAAUUGGGUCAAUUGAAAGAUGCUCGAGAAGCGUUGAAUGCAUUACGCGAUGAACAUUUAGAGAACAAACGACGUCAGGCAUUUGAGCGUGAAAGACAGAGACAAAUGCAAUUAGCUGUCAAGCUUGAUGAUAUGCGUCAGAAGAAACAUGCUUAUCUGGAAUAUCACAGACAACUGCAUUUGCAACGUCUAGCCGAACAGGAAGCAGAAAUGCAAGCACGUCUUGAUCAACAACGACGUUAUGCUCAACAACGCGAACAGCAAAAUCAAAUUGAUUAUCAUCUUAGUCAAGUACAAUCAAGUCUCCCGUAUGUUCAAUCAUUGCCAUCAGUUGCUUAUUAUCCUCAUCAACAGCAGCACCAGCAACAACAACAACAACAUGUUCAAUCCAUGCCAACUUCACAAAUACCAACUCAUUCGUUCUCCAUGGGGCAACUGUCAGAUGCUUUACCUCCGCCGCUUGCCCCACCCAUCUCUCAAUAUCAACAGCUCUACUCUGCUCAUCCACCGAUGCAGUCAAAUGAGCAAACACUCAUCUCAUUUGACUGA